AUGUCAUAUGAUUGGGAAGUCAUGCGGCGCUGUCUUCAGGAAGUAGCCUGCGCGGUGUGGAUUUCGAUCUUGUCUGUUUUUGUUCCCAAACAAAGUGCGAGUCAUCGCCGGUGAAUCCAUAGGAGGACGUGGAGGAGCACCAAGCCAACGUCUAUGGGAAUUAUUCGCUUGAAGUCAUAAGACCUCUUCUACAUUGACACAAAAUGGGACCAGGUUAGAAUUUUCUAGAAAAUCCGUAUAGCGACGAUUAUAUGGUUUCCGCGCAGGACAUUCAGCGGCCCGUUGCCGUAUCAAGAAGCCUCGGGCUGAAUUGAUUCGGACUCGCUGGCCAUUGUUGGCAAACGAGUAACGAAGAAAACGGACACCAUCCAGCUAACCGCUAACGAAAUCCCCUCCUGAUUCUGUUCUGGGAGUGUUCUGACCCAAAACGUCGCCAAGAUAGCUGGACCGAGCAGGAAGCGACACAGCUCAGAACCAGACCCCAGCGGCAGCGGCGGGAGCGGGAGUGAGGCGGGCGACGGACGGCCAGUCAGCGGAAAGUGGCUGAAAAUGGCCAGCAGCAACAGCGGCACUAGCACAGGAGAGACGGGUCGCAGGAGGGCCCAGCGCGGUUCCGACGACGCUGGCAGCACCAGCAAAAAGAAGCAGAAGGACCGGGCCAACCAGGAGAGCAGGGAGGCCAAGCGCGCUGCAGCUGGCUCCAUCAAUAUAGAGGCCAAGAAAGAUGUGUUCAUGGACUGGAAGCAGAACGCAGAUGCGGUGAUCGUGAGGCUACGCUGCGCGGGUGGGGUUCUGAAGGCGGAGGAUGUAAACACCGCAUUCUCUGACACCGCCUGCAGGGUGUGCUUCCCAGAUGGCACGGAGUGGAGCUGUCACCUGCACUCUGAGAUCGAGGGCUCGUGCAGUAAGGUGCUCUUCAAGGAGAAGGGCAGCAUCCUGCAGCUGGUCAUGAGCAAGAAGAUCCCUUUUAACAUAUGGCCCACUCUCAUGCGUAAUAACAUGGAGAGCGAGCCGGUGAACAUCAAGAUGGAGAGCGGCAAAGAGCAGGUGAUCAGCACCGCGGAGACGCCCAAGCCUGCUGCCCAGCACGCCACACCACCGGGGGGCGCCGAGCAGAAGCGUGGGAAAACCGACCGCGGUGUGAAACGCGGGAUGAAGAACAAAGCAGCGGCAGAGAGGCCGGAAGGUGGUGCGCCGAAGCCCACCGAUGGCGCCAAGCCGGGCCAGCCAAAGGCCGACGCCACCCCAGAGCCCAGUGCCAAACGCACCGUACGCACAAACAAGUCCUCCAAGACCCCCUCCUCCUCCACCUCCACCCCCACCACCCCCACCCCCACCACCACAUCCACAGCAGGGGCCGCCUCAGUUAAAGACCCCCAGCCUAAGCCUGCUGUCAAUGGGAAACUGUGCAACCUCACUCCCCUUGCUGACACCCCUGUCACAGCCACCACCACCACCACCACCAGUACCACCACCACAACCAGUAGUACCACUACCAGGGACAACAGGGUAGCCACACCAGUCAGAGACCGCGAGCGGACACCUGUACCAGCAGCAGGGCCGGCCAGCAAGAAGCCGGAUUCCAAACUUCAGGUUGAGAGGGAAGAGCAGAAGCCAGAGCAGCUGGCUGUUUCAGUAGCCGGGUUAGACGCGCACCCCUCCCCAGCUCCUGCACGGACACCCAGCCCAGCCAGCGGCCACAGGCCCGAGACGGCCACCAACGGCCUGGCCAGCCACGCAGGCCAGGGGGACAGGAACACCAGCCCUGUCCCAGAGAAAGACACUGACGAGCGCGUCGACGCCUCCAAGAGCCCGCAAUCCCCGCCUCUGGGGUCGGGCAGCCCAACACCAGCCACGGUCCUGAAGGACGACGACGGCGACUCAACGUGCAAAGCUGGAGUGGAGGAGGAGAAGAGGGACAAGUCAAAGGAGGAGCCUCCGGAGAAGAGCCAGGAGGAGGAGGAGGAGGAGAAAGCCCCUGAACCCAUGGUGAACCUGAAGUUAGUGAAGAACGACUCGUAUGAGAAAGGGACAGACCUGAUGGUGGUGAAUGUGUACAUGAAGGGCAUCUGCAGGGAGACGUCCAGGGUCCUCUUCAGGGAACAGGACUUCACGCUCCUUUUUCGAACCAGUGACCCUAAUUUCCUGCGCCUUCAUUCUGACUGUGGACCAAACACUGUCUUUAAGUGGCAGGUCAAACUCAGGAAUCUGAUCCAGCCCGAGCAGUCGAGCUAUGCCUUCACCCCGUCCCGAAUCGACAUCAUGCUGAAGAAGAGACACAGCCAGCGCUGGGGGGGCCUGGAGGCCCCCGCCACACAAGGUGCAGUGGGGGGCGCCAAGGUCGCUGUGCCCUCCGGCCCGUCUUCCUUAGAUAAGAGCCAGCCAGGUAGCAGCCAACACGCUUUGCCCACGAAGGAGGAGCCACGGGUGGGAGAGGAGAAGCCCAAGCCCCCCCGGACUCCAGAGGAUGCCGGUCUGGACACCGUUAGUCCGCGCUCCGAACACGUCGCCAUCAAACAAGAGUCCAGUGUCACUACGCCCAAGCCCACCUGUAUGGUGCAGCCCAUGACUCACGCUCCCCCCUCGGCCAGCGAGCGCUCGGAGGAAGAGGAGGAGAAGAAGGUCUGUCUGCCAGGCUUCACGGGCCUGGUCAACCUGGGCAACACCUGCUUCAUGAACAGCGUCAUCCAGUCCCUGUCCAACACGCGAGAGCUCCGAGACUACUUCCACGAUCGGGCGUUUGAGAUGGAGAUCAACUGCAGCAACCCACUGGGCACGGGGGGCCGGCUGGCCAUUGGCUUCGCUGUGCUGCUCCGGGCGCUGUGGAAAGGCACACACCACGCCUUCCAGCCCUCUAAACUCAAGGCCAUAGUGGCAAGUAAAGCGAGUCAGUUCACAGGCUAUGCGCAGCACGAUGCUCAGGAGUUCAUGGCCUUCUUGCUGGACGGCCUUCACGAGGACCUGAACCGCAUCCAGAACAAGCCCUACACAGAGACCGUGGACUCUGACGGACGGCUGGACGAGGUGGUGGCUGAGGAGGCUUGGCAGAGGCAUAAGAUGAGAAACGACUCGUUCAUUGUGGACCUGUUUCAGGGCCAGUACAAGUCCAAACUGGUCUGCCCCAUGUGCUCUAAGGUGUCCAUCACCUUUGACCCCUUCCUCUACCUGCCAGUGCCCUUGCCUCAGAAACAGAAGGUGCUGACCGUUUUCUUUUUCGCUAAAGAGCCACACAAGAAGCCCAUCAAGUUUCUUGUUAGUGUCAGUAAGGAGAACUCCAGCACAGCAGAGGUCCUGGAGUCGGUCUCCCGGAGUGUCAGGAUUAAACCAGAAAACUUGAGGUUGACCGAGGUGGUGAAGAGUCGUUUCCAGCGGAUCUUCCUGCCGUCCCACUCUCUGGACGCAGUGUCCCCCUCCGACAUGCUCUUCUGCUUUGAGGUUCUGUCCAAAGAGCUGGCCAAGGAGAGAGUGGUGCUGCUCAGGGUUCACCAGAAGCCGCAGGUGCCCAGCAUCCCCAUAUCCAAGUGUGCAGCGUGCCAGAAGCCUCCGCUCCCUGAGGAGGACAAGCUGAAGAGGUGCACACGCUGCUACCGCGUGGGCUACUGCAACCAGGCAUGCCAGAAGAAUCACUGGCCCACUCACAAAAACCAGUGUCGGCCCAACUUUGAGAACGUGGGUCUGCCUUUCCUGGUCAGCGUGCCCGAGUCCCGGCUCACGUACGCACGGCUCUCCCAGCUGCUGGAGGGAUACUCCAGGUACUCUGUGAAUGUGUUCCAGCCGCCCUUCCAGUCGGGCCGGACCUCUCCGGAGGUCAGCCAGUGUCGCGGAGACCUGGCCCCCAUGCCGGACGGCGUCGCCGAGGACUCGGCUCCAGACGAGCACCCGACUCACGCCAGCGGAGCCGGGGACGCUGCCGACCUGGACAGCCUCAACGGCAACAGCCCGGCAGACGUGGCGCAGGCAGCUGCCCGUGCGGCGGCGGGCGCAGAGCCCGACUCCCUCUCCACGCGCACCACGGACUCGGGCUUCUCUGAGCUCCCCUCCAGCACCCAUGAUCCCCCAGAAGAGAAGGAGACCUCCUGUGAGAAGAGCCUGAAGCCUGAAGCGGUGGUGGCAGGGUUCCAGCAGGCCUCGGAGAGCGGCUCUGGCCACGCCCCCCAGUUCUACAUCUCCCUCCUGGACGCCAGCAACAAGGAGGAGCGGCUGGAGGACAGAGAGGGUCCUCUGGAGAUCCCUGAGGACUGCACGGUGGAGCUGGUGUGGAAGAACAACGAGCGGCUGAAGGAGUACGUGCUGGUGCGCUCCAAGGAGCUGGAGUUCGAGGAGGACCCCGGCUCCGCCAGCGAGACGGCCCGCGCCGGACACUUCACCCUGGAGCAGUGCCUCAACCUCUUCACCAAGCCAGAGGUGCUGGCCCCGGAGGAGGCCUGGUACUGCCCUAAGUGCCAGCAGCACCGGGAGGCGUCUAAGCAACUGCUGCUAUGGCGACUGCCCAAUGUGCUCAUCAUCCAGCUGAAGCGCUUCUCCUUCCGCAGCUUCAUCUGGAGGGACAAGAUCAACGACAUGGUGGACUUUCCCGUCAGGAACUUGGAUCUCAGCAAGUUCUGUAUUGGCCAUAAGGAUGACAUGCAACCUCCCGUCUACGACCUGUAUGGGGUAAUAAACCACUACGGUGGCAUGAUAGGUGGCCACUACACUGCCUAUGCCCGGCUGCCCAACGACAAGAACAGCCAGCGCAGCGAUGUCGGUUGGCGUCUGUUCGACGACAGCACGGUGACGACGGUAGAGGAGAGUCAGGUGGUGACGCGCUACGCCUACGUGCUCUUCUACCGCCGGCGCAACUCCCCCGUCGAGCGACCGCCGCGCUUCCUCGGGCCCCUGGGGGCUGAAGCAGCAACGGGAGCCGGAGCCGCCACCAGCCAGGCCUCUCUGAUCUGGCAGGAGCUGGAGGAAGAGGCGGAGAGACAGGAAGUGCGGCACCGGGGCCCAUUCGUCCGGCCACGGCGAUGCACGGCGCGCGGGCAGGACGCGGAGGACGAGGAUGACGGCGAAGAGGGCCGGCCGCGGGGACCGCAGGCCCAGCGACGACGACAACAGCAGCAGCGUCGCCAGCGCCAUGGCAACAGCAUCUCUGAUUACUCUGACGAUGACUAUGUCAAAUAUUUUGUCCUGGGCACACUUGCUGCCCUGCUAGCACUGGCCCUCAAUCUCUUCUACCCCCUGCUCUACCGCCGUUAGCUAGCCACUCCUAGCCACCCAAAGUACACACUUGAACUCAGUACACCUGUAUGUAUGUAUUUAUGGAGCUCUGUAUGUAAGCAUAUAUUUAUUUAUUACUAUCUAUUUGAAGUCACGCACAUGAUAGAAAGCACACGAUAUAAAUGGCAAUCAGGAGAAGUGUAAAGCAAAAAAAAAAAAAAAAAAAGGAAAGAAAUUGCACUUUGAAAACACUGCAGAUGCGCACACUAUCAGAGGUUGAUUAUUCAGGCGACAGAACUGGGCUACCACCUCCAUCUUCCAUGAUGCUGCUAUAUACUGUAGUGUAGUGCCACCCUGUAGAUCUCUGGGAAACGUUCAUCACCUUGGGCUCCUGGAUUCAUCAUUAUCCACCAAUCAGUUAAUUAACACUUCCGGUUGAAGCCUCUAUUUUGGCUUCCCCAGGUAAUACACUCGGGCUGUAAAACAGAUGCAGGGCUUUGGACCCCCCCUUCGUGCGAAGUAGGGAAGUUUGUGAUUUGUAGGGACAUUCAGGACACAGUUUUGCACUACACGCUACCUUAUGGGAUCUGAUAGUGUUGUUAGUAUGUGAGUAUGCUGCAGAGUUUUGAGUAUGCGAGAGCAGCAGCGGGAUGUAGUAUGGGUGAUCCUGUAGGUUUUAGGAAAAAACAUUCAGAUGCCGAAUACUUGACAUGCACUUGACCUAAAAUUGUUACUUGAGUGUGACCAUGAUUAGGCAAGGUUGACAACAUGAAUGUCAUUGGUGCAUUGGUUUUAGCUUUUGUGGUUUUAAUGUGAGUUAGUGGUCAGCAUUGGCUGUAUUUAGUCAUGCACUAGGACAGAUGCCAUAUACAAAUAAUAAUAUUUGCAAGUGGUUAUAUUACAUUUAUAAUUAAUUCACCAAUCGUCUUAAUUCUUUUAAAAUACAUAAGGUGUCCUCUGGUGACAGACACUAUCAAAAAGUUAGUUUUGUUUUGAGUUGUAUUUAAACCAUAUAUGCCAUUCCUGUCUUAUCCUUGUAUGUGAUUCAUUUCAGUAGAGCUUGGCAGCUAAAACUUAAAUAAGAGACUUGAUUGUAAAGUGAAAUUAUAUCUGUGUGUUUGUAGUAGCACAGAGUAGACAGUAGGAAAUCUGCCCACCAGCAACAUGGUUUCCAUAAAACACAGGUUUACACCAUGAUGGUGCUCUCUCUCUCUCUCUCUCUCUCUCUCUCUCUCUCUCUCUCUCUCUCUCUCUCUUGUUCUCUUGCUCUCUCUCUCUCUCUCUCUCUCUCUCUCUCUCUCUCUCUCUCGCUCACACAUACAUACACACACACACACACACACACACACACACACACACACCUUUAUGAGCUUCCAAAUGGUUUGGAAACACACAUGGCAGAUCAAUAUUUUGUUUCCCUCUUUAUUUGGACCCCUACCGGUCUGUGGUAAUUGCAGAUUUUGUGCUGGUUUCUUAUUUUCUGCCUUUUAAAGUAUCAACAUCACCUGCCUUGAUUCUGCAGUGUUGCAUGUCUUUUUUGCUGAUUCUAAUGGCCGAUUUGUUGAUUUAUUUUAAUAUCUAAGUCUUUGUUAUUGUUUGUGUGUGAUUCUGUUUGUUUGAGAUUUAAAGCUAAGUUUAAAAAGCCAAAUCUAUGUCCAGCUCGCUCCCAACAUCUUAGACCUUACAUUUCUCCCGUUACUUGAGUAAUGUGGCUUUGGGUUUUCUUGAGGUCAGAAGCAUAACUGUAUAUGUGUUGGACUGUAGAAGUACCCAUGUGUAAGGGAAUUCUAGGACCUGUGAAACUGCUUUGGGUGAGUGGUUGACUGUGUGUGAGGGCACAGCAUUGGUUCCAUUUGUUUCUGUCCAACCCUGUAGAAGGAGACGAUGACUCAGGGACAUUAGUGUUAUGUCUUGGAGCCCCCCCUCCCUGUCCCUUGAUUUUAAGCCAUGUCACAGACCAGGAAAAGCCUCUGGACAUUUUUAUUUCAUUUUCUUCCUUUUAUGGCUCAGUGCAAUGAAAUACAAUAAACCAUCCAUCCGCUAUGCCAACACGAGGAUCUACCUAAAGUCGUCUGAAAGUAGUCAUAAAUACUAGGACUAAAUACUGUAACUGAAGUAUGCAACUAGAGCUGCUAGAAUGAUCUAUCUUUUGUCAUAAUGUAUGUGAAGAUAUUUUUGUAUAUUAGGUAAUUUAUAGGAAUUGCAUUUGAAGAGUGAUGGCCCUUUGUAUUUGUCUUUCAUCAGUUUAAACCAGAGCAUUCAAGGUUAGAUUGUCCUUAUUGUGUCCUGGUGAAGAGUAGAGCUUGCAGUCUAGCGGUUCACAACCUUGCCUGAAUGCUGUAUUGAAACGACUAAUGAUAUUUUAACGGAGGUGCAAUGUUAAUGUGAUAAUAUUUAAAUGAACAAUGCUGUAUAGGCUACAAUUGCCACUGUUAUUUAAGACCCAAGAGAAGACGUUUGUUAAAAUAUCCCAGCAAUAACCUGUAAUGGUACUCUGAAAAAUCUGAUGCUGCUCUGUAGUACAAUUUACUUGUACUGGCUUUUAAAAUAAAAUGUCAAUCUGAUCACAUCGGUCUGGGUGAUGUUAAUGUCGGUACAGUGGCAAAUAUUGAAUGACCUUGUCCACAUUGUUGGUGUGAAGUUGAUCUGUGGAAGAAAUUCUGUCCACUAUUUGAAGUAAUGAAUGGAUGCAUCAUGUUUCUCCUGCAGUGCUGCUCUUCACUGGGCUGGGUUGAGUGGAUAUGGUGAUUGCCCAGGUCUUCCCCUUGUGCUUCAAAAAAGGUCCUAUAGAAAGCCUGUCUAGUAACGCUGAUUUAUU